AAUGAUCAUAUAGGAACAAAUGGGGUAUGGACAUUAGAACAGAAAGGUCUGAAGCCUACCAUGAGUAUCUCAUUUGACGAAGCAAUACCUACAAAAGCACACAUGGCAUUAAAAAGAUUAGUAGAUGCCAAAAAAGUUAAGUUCAUCAUAAGCCAAAAUAUUGAUGGCUUACAUCUUCGAUCGGGGGUACAAAGGCAACAUCUGGCAGAGUUGCAUGGAAAUAUGUUUACGGAACAGUGCGACAAAUGUGGCAGACAAUUCAUUCGGAACUUUGCAACCAAAAGCGUGGGCAAGAAAUCUUUGGACACUGUCUGUCGAUCAGAACAGAUAGGUGGUCGUCCAUGUCGCGGCCGUAUGCAUGAUACCAUUCUCGAUUGGGAACACAACUUGCCAGACAGUGAUUUGUCGUUGUCUGAUUUGCAUUCUAGUGUGGCUGACUUGAGUAUAUGUCUGGGGACGACGUUACAAAUUAUUCCCAGUGGUAAUUUGCCUCUGUACACCAAAAAAUAUGGAGGUCGACUCGUUAUAUGUAAUCUACAACCCACGAAACAUGAUAAAAAGGCAGAUCUGAUCAUUAACGGUAACAUUGACGACAUAAUGAUCAGUGUAAUGAAAAAGUUGGGCCUGGAGAUCCCAGAGUACGAGAGCACAAUGGAUCCUACACGAAACUCCGAUACAACAUCCAAGGAAAUGGACUGGACCAUACCGACCAGCAGAGUGAAGGAGAUGAACGUUUUGUACAAGAAAGUAUGCAAACCGAUGAAAAGGAAACGGAAAACGUUUAUGUACGAGAGGGAACGAACGGACACCAAACGCGAGGUGAAGUCGAAGAAGCCGGCGUUCAUGAUGAAGCAGGAGAUAAAAGCAGAGGAUCCACUGAACGCGCCCAACAUAGUAUGCAACAACCCGGUAUCUGGCGACGUGAGUAGUAAUCCUGUAAAACUUGAGGAGGAUCUCAAGGACCAACUGGAACCGUUCGAGUUCUCCACGGAGAGCGUAGCUCAGCCGGAUCCUGAUUUACAAGUGUCCGAUAUACUGUAGCAUGAAGAUUUUAACAUAUGGUGAUCUUGACGACCUAAUAUUCUUGUUGAGGGGUCUUUCUAUUUUGGAACAUUGAAAACAGUUAAAUUUCAAAUUGAGCAACCUUCUCUUGCAACCAUAGGUUCGAUCACGUUUCAUUUUCUUUUUUAAACGCGUCAUUAUAGAAAUUGAGGAAGGUUGCUGAUUUCGAGAAAGUUGCGACUGACAGGUUUCCCUGUAAGGAAUCUGUGAAAGGUGAUCUAACUGUUUCAACCGUUGAAAUAGGAAGAUCCCUUUUAGUCCCAGUCCACGUUCAAUUUAUCCAAGAGUGCAUAUGGAAUGGAUGUUAUCUAUAUGUGAA